GGUCGGCGGAUCUUUACGGCCAUGUGCUGAGAUAUGGUAGCGGAAUGCCGCAGCCUUUCCAAUGGACGAGGCUCACGAACUCGGGGAACGUCACGGUGUCGCCGCGGGCGGGGCACAGCGUCACCCCCACCUCGGUGGGAUUCUUGCUCUAUGGGGGCAUGGAUGGGCGCCGGAACGACCAGGGCAACCCGGCGCCCAACUCCGACCUCUACUUGCUGAAGGUCGGGGGGAGGACCUUCCAGUGGGACCUCGUGGAAAUCGACCCCGGCUCCCAACUGCCGCCAGCGCGCACGCUGCACACCGCGAUUUCCAUCAGCCAGGACGAGGUCUUCGUGUUCGGGGGGAUCCACUCCGCCACGCCGGACCGGGUGCUGAACGAUGGCUGGAUACUGGACACCACCUGCUUCGAGUGGAAGCACGUGCAGUUCAAGGCGCAGUCCAAUGAGCUGAAGAGCUCCUACUGGAAGCGCAUGUCUGGGAAGAUCCUGGAGCAUCCCUAUGUUGCAGCACAGGCGGAGGUCCAGGUGGCGCCGCGCCUUAGCGCUGGCGGCCGGCGCUUGUCAGCGGCCGCGCAGACCGCGCGCAGCGCGGUGAGCGGACUCAACUUCGAGACCCUGGCGAUGGCCGCCUCCAAGGCGGUGGUGAGCACGAGCAUGGGCGAGGCGCAGGAGGGCGGCGUCGCCAGGAAGAGUUGGAAGAAAUUCCUAGCGAAGCAGAUGACCUCAAGCCUGAAGACCCCAGGCAAGGGCGACAAGCAGUCAAGGUCGAGGUUUACCCCGAAAGACAAGGCUGGCAUGGUGAACUUUGAAGAGGAGCAGUUUCUGGAGGACUUGUUGGCCAUGGUGAGCGCGACGGCCCAGGGAGGCGAGGAGGAAGGCUCUUUCCGCGGGCCUGCGCCCAGAUCGAACCACAGCGCGUGCCUCUAUGAGAACACGAUGGUCCUCUUCGGCGGUCAUGGCGGCUUUGGCUAUCAGCGGAAGGCCUUCAACGAUGUCUGGACUCUGAACCUGGACUCCUUCCGUUGGUCCGAGCUGAGCUGCCACGGCAACCCCCCGGCACCGCGGUCCGGCCACGUGAGCUUCCAGAAGGAUGGUUUUGUGUAUGUCUUCGGCGGCUGGAACGGAGAGACGCAAUUCAACGAUCUGUUCAUGCUGGAUGUGGAGAACAAGGACUGGUCAGACCUGGACUUGAGCUGGGGCGUGCCGCGGUGGAACAUGGCGGCGCAACUGGUCGAGGCCAUCCCCUCCUGGCGGGUCUUCGUCUUCGGCGGCUCCGCGGAUCGCAUGGGCGAGGGCCGCACCAUGGGGGCCUACGACCGGGAGCUGGGCGUCCUGGACCUGGACGAGCGCAAGUGGCUGAGCCUGGUGCCCGAGGAGAGGUCCAAGAGCGAUCGCCCACCCCCACGGGAGCACACGUCCAUUGUUUACGAUGCGGAGGAGAGCCGGCUGAUCAUGUACGGCGGUUGGUCCAACAAGUGGUUGGACGACUGCUGGCAGAUCAACGUCUCGAGCAUUGUGGGCCCUCCUUACGCCGUGGUUCGAGUCGAGCCUCCACUCGGGCCGGUGUCCGGGAAUCAGAAGGUGAAGAUCUACGGCGUAGGCUUCCUCUCGGUGCCCGGCGCUGCGGUGAUCCGCUUCGGCGCGCACGGGAAGUUCGUGGAGGCCCAGGGCACUGUGGUGGAGGAUGAGUUGGUGGAGUGCCUGACGCCCAAGGCGGACGCCCUGGGCCCGCGGGACUGCGAGGUGCGGAUCAGCAUCGGAGUGAAGGACUUCACCACCACCAUGACCAAGUACCUCUACUUCCUGAACACGGUCACGGAGAUGUCUUUGUGCUACGGGCCGGGGCUGUUGACGGACCAACAAGCCGAAGCCACCACCCGCUUCAUGAUCCAAGCGCGGAACCAGCUGGGGGAGAACCGCAGCUCUGGCCGGGACGAGUGGGUGGUGCAGAUCCAACAGGUCUAUGUGAACGAGAAGGGCAAGGAGUCUCUUCGAGAAGUCCCUCACGAAAUUUUGGACUUCGACACGGGCCAGUACGAGGUGCGCUACGUGGCAGAGCCGGGCGACCUCGUCAUCAAGGUCAGUAUGGUGGAUGAGCUGGGCAAGCCGCGGCCCAUCCGGGGCUCGCCCUUCAAGGCGUCUUGUGUUCAGUAUGCCAAGAAUCGCGCCAACGACUACCUGGGGCCCAAUGUGCAGACUUGGCUCUCCCAGACGCUGAAGUCCCUGGAUGAAUUCCAGCGGAGCACGGAGGCUGGCCAAGGGGCCAAGCUCUCGGAGGAGGAUGUGAAGGGACUCAUCAAGGUCAUGAAUCAUAUUGAAGACAUGUACAAGAACGAGGCAGAGCUCAACAGAUUGCAGGACUGCAUCUAUGAGACGCUGAUGCAUAUCGAGCGCGAGGGGGUGCCGGUGGAUAAGCAGCUGAAGAGCCUCAAGAAGGUGAGCCAUGGGCUGGCGCACCUCAAGGGCUUGUGUCAGACCACGGAGACCGCCAUCCAGCCCAUGGUGCAGGCGCAAAGCGAGAUCUACAAGACUCGCAUUGCCGACUUUGAGCAGGCGCUGAGAUCCUACCACACGGGGCUGAAGCAGGAGGCCUACUACUACUACAGGUCUGGUGUGGAGCUUGCCUUCCAGCGGAUCCAGGCGGUGACGACUCAUCUGGACAUGAAGACCAACGAGCUCCAGGACCUGCAUUUGAUUGCCAAGAAUUUCGAGUACCCAGAUGAGGUGAAGGAAUCCUUCAAGAUCAUGAACAUGAUGCGGGAGGACGUGGCGCUGAUCAAGUCCCUUUGGGACCACGAGAUCGGUCGGAUCCAAAUCACCGAGUCCUACCUCGUCAAGAGGUGGAAAACUGUGGAUGCAUUGCAGAUGGAGGACGACAUCAAGGGCAACUUCAAGAAGCUGAAGGAGUACAAGGUGGACAAGCGACUGGACGUCUACGUGGGCAUGCAGGAAGUCUUGAAGCGCUGGGUGGUCUUCUGCCCGUUGGUGGCUGAGCUCCUGGACCCCUCUAUGCGGCCUCGGCACUGGACGGCUUUGGUCACGCUCUGUGGAAAGCCGGUCACUGUGACCAACGAUUUGCUACUCCGCGACAUGUGGACACUGGAGCUCUACAAGCAUCCCCUCGAGGUGGAAGAGAUUGGGGAGCAGGCAAAGCAGGAGGCCAAGAUGGAGGCGACGAUUGCAAAGCUUCAUCGAAUUUGGUCCACUGUGGAGUUUGUGUACGAGCGCCACAAGGGCUCAGACGUGAUGCUUAUGCACCUGAAGGAUGAAGACGUAGAGACUUUGGAGGAGAACCAGGUGCAGGUGCAGAACAUGUUCGCGUCUCGCUUCCUCUCCACCUUUGAGGAACAGGUGCUGUACUGGCAGAAGACUCUGGCCAUCAUUAGCGAGACCUCCACCCUGCUGAGCGAGGUGAUACGGACCUGGGUCUUUCUGGAGAAUCUCUUCAUCCACUCGGAGGAGGUGAAGAAAGAGCUCCCGGACGAGACGGAGCGGUUCCUGGAGAUCGACGACGACGUGCAAGCGCUGCUGCGGAAAGGCUUCGAGGCCCGCUUCGCCAAGGUCUUCUGCGAGCCCACCAUCUUCCAGAUCUUGGAGAAGACCCAAGUACAGCUUCAGAUGUGUGAGAAGGCCUUGAACGAGUUCAUGGAUGGCAAGCGCCAAGCCUUCCCGAGGUUCUACUUCAUGUCUUCUGCAGAUCUCUUGGAUGUGCUGAGCAACGGGAACAACCCCACCCGUGUUGUGCACCACUUCCCGAAAUUCUUCAACGCCAUCGAGAAGUACGACCUGAAGUUCCCGGAUGGCCCUUCCGCGCGGCCUGUGGCCACUGGAAUGCACGCGUGUAUCGGCAUCGAGCACGUGCCUUUCCCAGAGGAGCUGCCACUUAUUGGGAAGGUGGAGGUCUAUUUGGAGCGCUGCAUCAACACCUUUCGCAGCACCUUGAGGCAUUUCGCCAUCACGGAUUUGCAGAGUUAUGCCGAGCAGCGAUGUGAGGCCAACGGCACGAAGCGGGGCCAGUGGCUGCUGCAGGUGAAGGCGGCGCAGGGGGCGCUGCUUGUGCAGCUUAUCACCUGGGUCCAGCUGGUCGAAGUCUCCUUCCAGGUGAAGGAGGAGGAGGAGGAUCAGAAAGAAAAGAAGGUCGCCCAAGCCUGGAGCAGGCAGCAGGAGCUGCUAUUGGACCUUAUCCGACUCACCCAGACGGACCUUACCAAGCCGGCCAGGCAGAAGGUCAUGUGCGCCAUCACUUUGGACGCGCACAACAGGGAUGUUCAGGAGAGGCUAGUCAGAGACAAAGUUGUGUCCGCGGACGCGUUUCAGUGGCAGAGCAUGCUGAAGUGCUACUGGGUGGAGGACGAGGAAGGAGAUUGGAAUGCGCAGAUGCAGAUUUGCGACGCUCGGAUGUGGUACGCUUACGAAUACCUGGGUAAUGGCCCGCGCUUGGUUGUCACACCUCUCACGGACCGCAUCUACGUUACCGCUACACAGGCAUUGCACCUUUGCAUGGGCUGUGCGCCGGCGGGUCCGGCGGGCACCGGCAAGACAGAGAGCACCAAGGACUUGGCAAACGCCUUGGCGCGCGCAUGCUAUGUCAUCAACGCAGCACCGGAGAUGGACUACCUCACGCUGGGCAACAUCUUCAAGGGCCUUGCCGCCAGUGGCUCCUGGGGCUGCUUCGACGAGUUCAACCGCCUGGUGCCUGAGGUGCUCUCGGUGUGCACGGUUCAGUUCAAAGCAGUUUGCGAUGCCUUGCGCCAACAGCUUGACCGAUUCAUCAUCCAGAGCGAUGAGAUUCAAUUGGACCGAGGCGUGGGGGUCUUCAUCACCAUGAACCCCGGGUACCUGGGCCGCUCCGAGCUUCCGGAGGGCCUCAAGGCGCUCUUUCGGCCCAUCACCGUGAUGGUUCCCGACUUCAUGCUGAUCAUGGAGAAUAUGUUCAUGUCGGAGGGCUUCCUGGAAGCCAAGAAGCUGGCGCUGAAAUUCUCCACGCUCUACGCCCUCAACAAGGACCUGCUGUCGAAGUCCAACAAGUACGACUGGGGCAUGCGCGCCAUCAAGUCGGUGCUGGUGGUGGCAGGCAGCUUCAAAAGGGCCGACCCCAGCCUGACGGAGCAGGCAGUUCUGAUGCGCUCGCUGCGGGAUACCAACGUGGCCAAGAUCGAAGGCGAUGACCUCAAGAUCUUCAUGGGCCUGUUGGCGGAUCUUUUCCCCGGCGUGGAGGUGCCGCGAGCCCGAGACCUUGACUUUGAGAAGCUGGUCGUGGAGACGAUGGAGAGCGAGUUCGGCUUCACCAACGACGCGGAGGGGUAUUUGCUCCUGAAGGUGUCCCAGUUGAUCGAGCUGCUGGACAUCCGGCACUCCGUGUUUCUGAUGGGCAACCCCGGGAGCUUCAAGAGCUUCCUGUGGAAGGUCCUCAAAAACGCCAAGACCAAGCGGGGGGACAAGACCACGGUGGUGGACUUCAGCCCAAAGGCCAUUUCCACCAAUGAGCUCUACGGCAGCGUGAACAUGCAUACCCGUGAGUGGAAGGACGGCAUCUUGUCGAAGACGAUGCGUGACUUGGGGCAGAUACCUGAUUCACAUCCCAAGUGGAUCAUGCUGGAUGGCGACCUGGACGCCAACUGGAUUGAGUCUAUGAACAGCGUCAUGGAUGACAGCCGGCUGUUGACGUUGCCCUCCAACGAGCGCAUCCCCUUGAAGCAGCACAUGAAGAUGAUCUUCGAGAUCCGGGAUCUGAACUAUGCCACGCCGGCCACCGCCACCAGAGCUGGGAUCCUGUGCAUGUCUGACAAGGAAGGGGUGCAGUGGCAGUGCUACGUGCAGAGUUGGGUCAAGAAGCUCACCUACCCCGAGCCCGUGAAGGAGCAACUGGCGCACCUCUUUGAGAAGUACCUCCCGCCAACCAUGGUGUGGCUUCGAAAGACCGCCAAGCUGCUGGUGCCUUACGUGGAGAUCUCCCUGGUGAUGUCGCUGUGUAGCCUGCUGGAUGCGCGGCUGAACACUAGCAACCUGGAAGCUGUGGAGACCUGGUUCGCCUUCUGCACCAUCUUCGCCUGCGGCAGCGGCCUGGCGGAGGUGGACGGCGUGGACUACCGCAAGGCCUUCAGCAACUGGUGGAAGAAUGAGAUGAAGACCGUGAAAUAUCCCACCAAGGGUCUCGUGUUUGACCUCUAUGUGCGCGACAUGAGGUUGGAGGAGUGGAGCAGCCUGGUGGAGCCCAUGCAGUACCAAAGCUCCACGCCCAUGGGGGAGGUCACCGUGCCCACCACUGAGACGGUCUGCUUGGGCUAUUUCAUGAAGGCCUUGAUCGAGGUUUCGCACCCGGUGAUGCUUAUUGGUUUGGCCGGGUGCGGCAAGACGCAAUCAUGCACAGGGCUGCUGAAGAAGCUGGACCGCGAGGUGUUUAUGGGCUACAAGAUCAACAUGAGCUUCUACACUGACUCGGCAAUGCUGCAAUCUAUGAUGGAGAUUCCUCUGGAGAAAAAGGCAGGCAAAUUGUAUGCACCUCCCGGCAAGCUGCAGAUGAUUUACUUCAUCGACGACCUGAACAUGCCGGCGCUGGACAAGUACAACACCCAGUCAGCCAUCGAGCUGAUCAAGCAGAAGCAAGACUACAACCACUGGUACGAUCGGGCCAAGAUAACCGUGAAGGACAUCGGCAACACGCAGUACCUUUGCUGCAUGAACCCCACUGCCGGGUCCUUCACUGUGAACCCCCGGCUCCAGCGCCACUUCUGGACCUGCUCCGUGUCGUUCCCUGAACAGAAUGCACUAAACCUGAUCUACGCCACCUUCAUGAAGGGCCACUUCGAUAGCUCGUUCAAAGUCCAGGUGCAGGAGAUCUCUAACUGGGUCAUCAAAGCGGCCCUGAGCUUCCACACGCAGGUGAGCGCGAGCUUCCGGAAGACUGCGAAGAACAUGCACUAUGAGUUCAAUAUCCGGCACAUGAGCGGUGUCUUCUCCGGCCUACUCAAAGCCAAGCCAAGCGAGUUCACGGAUGCGGAGAAGCUGGUGCUCAUGUGGAUCCAUGAGAGCGAGCGCAUCUAUGGGGAUCGCUUGGUCUCCCUGGCGGAUUUGAAGAAGCUCAAGCAGCUCACUGAGAAGAUCGCCAAGCAGAUGUUCUCAAAGCACAACCUGCAGAAGUACUUCCAAGAGAAGAAUCCCGAGCCCAUCAUCUUCGCUCCUUUCUCGAAGGGUCAUCAGAGUAUGGAGGAAGGAGGCAUCUAUGACAAGAUCAAGGAUAUGGAUCGCCUUUCCCAGAUCUUGCACGAGGCCAUGAAGGACUACGACAGCACCAACGCCGCCAUGGACUUGGUACUCUUCGAGGAUGCCAUGAAGCACGUGGCGCGCAUUUGCCGGAUCAUCUCGAGCCCUUCAGGCCAUCCCUUGCUGGUGGGCGUUGGCGGCAGUGGUCGGCAAAGCCUGAGUCGCCUCAGCGCCUUUGUUUGCCAGUGCAUGACCUAUAUGAUUGUGAUCACCAGCUCUUAUGGUCUUGCUGACUUGAAGACGGACCUGCAAUACAUGUACAAGAGGGCUGGCGAGAAGGAUGAGGGUGUGAUGUUCCUCUUCACCGACAACCAGAUUGCCAACGAGCGCUUCUUCGUCUUCUUCAAUGAUCUUCUGGCAUCCGGCGAGAUCACAGAUUUGUACCCCAACGAGGACAAGGACACGAUUCGAAAUGCGGUGAGGAGUGCAGCAAAAGGUGUGGGGAUCGUGGACACGCCUGAGAACUUGUGGUCUUUCUACAUCUCACGGGUGCGCAAAAACCUCCACAUGUCUCUCUGCUUCUCCCCGGUGGGCUCGGGGCUCUGGAGCCGCGCCCGGCGCUUCCCGGCCCUGGUGAACUGCACCACCAUCGACUGGUUUCAGCCCUGGCCCACGGAUGCCCUGCUGAACGUGGCCCAGAAGUUCCUGGCGCGGGUGGAGGCGUUGGGCCCCGCAGACGGUGCCAACCGCAUGUCCAUUGUGGACUUCUUCCCCCACAGCUUUGAGUCGGUGAACCAGCUGUCACAGACCUUCAUCCAAGAAGAGCGGCGCUACGCUUACACCACGCCGAAGAGCUUUUUGGAGCUCAUCAAGCUGUACUCCCUAAUGUUGGAAAAGAAGGUCUACCUCCUCCAGGACAAGAAGACGCGGCUGUCCAGCGGCCUCAUCAAGCUGAGGGCCACCCAGGAGGAAGUGGCGAUCUUGGAGGAGGACCUUCAAGAGAAGGCUGUGGUGGUCAAGGAGAAGGCUGAAAAGGCGGAUGCCUUUGCGGAGGAGAUUGGGCGCGAGAAGGCGCGGGUGAACUCGGAGGCGGAGAAGGCCAACAUCGAGGCCGUGAAAUGCGCGCAGAUCGCCCAGCAGGUAGCGGAGAAGAAGGAGGACUGCCUGCGGGACCUGGCGCAGGCGCUACCGUUGGUGGAGCAGGCCGAGGCGGCCUUAGAUGUCUUGGACAAGAAGGAGUUCAACGAGCUCAAGGCGCUUACCCGGCCACCGGUGGAUGUGGCCACCGUCUGUGAGACAGCCUUGCACCUACAAGCCGGCUUGGACCCCCUCAUCGAGGUGGACAAGAGGGGCAAAGUGAAAGACCGCACGUGGAAGAGCGUCCAGAAGAUGAUGACGGAUCCCAACAAGUUCCUGGCGAACCUGAAGGCUUACAAGGGGGCCAUCGACGAUGGCCGGGUGCCGGCGCAGAACGUGGAGGAGGCACGCAAGCUAAAGGACUCCCUUGGAGAGGAGUUUUUGCCAGAGAACAUGAAGAAGAAAUCCCAGGCGGCUGGUGGGCUCAGUGAGUUUGUCAUCAACAUCAUCAAGUACUACGAUGUGGUUUGCCAAGUGGAGCCCAAGAAGCGCUCGCUGCAGGAUGCCGCCGACACCCUGGAGAAAGCCAACGAGCGCCACCGGGAGGUCACAGCCAUGGUGAAGGACCUGGAGGAGAAGCUGGCGCGCCUGGUGGCGGAGUUCGACCAGGCCCAGGAGGAGAAGGACGAAGUCAUGGCGGAGGCCGAGAGGUGCCAGAAGAAGCUGGACAUGGCACAGAGGCUCGUCGGAGCCUUGAGCGCCAACGGGGUGAUCUGGGAGCAGACCGUGGAGAGAACCGGCGAGGAUCUGGUCUUCAUUCCCGGGGACUCCCUGGUGGCAUGCUCCUUCGCCUCGUACUUGGGGGUCUUCAGCCGGGAGUACCGGGAACAGGCCACCGCCUCCUUCGUGGAGUUCCUGCAGGGCCGAGAGGUGCCGCUGGGCCCAUCGCCAGACCCGCUGCAAGUUCUCUCCACGGAAGCGGAGCAGGCCGGUUGGUGCGCCUGUGGCUUGCCCAGUGACCGCGUGUCCUUGGAGAACGGCGCCAUCAUGAGCUGCAGUGAGCGCUGGUGCCUGAUCAUUGACCCACAGGCGCAGGGCAUUGUCUGGAUCAAGAACAAGGAGGCGGAUCGGAAGCUGCAGAUCACGCGCAUGAGCAACCCCAAGAUGGUGCAGGUCUUCGAGCAAUCCAUCGAGGCGGGGCGCAGCGUGCUGGUGGAGAACAUGGGCGAGUCGGUGGACGCAGUGCUGCAGCCAGUCAUCGCUCGCAACACCAUGAAGCGCGGUAGCACGCGGGUCCUGAAGCUCGGGGACAAGGAGAUCACGUAUAACGCCAACUUCCGGCUUUUUAUGCAGACGAAGCUGUCGAACCCGCACUACCCUCCAGAGAUCCAGGCCGAGUGUACGGUUAUCAACUUUACCGUCACAGAGCAGGGCUUGCAGGACCAGCUGCUGUUUUUGGUGGUGCGCCUGGAGAGGCCGGACCUGGCCCGCGCCAAGGCGGACCUCAUCCAGCAGCAGCACCCC